GAACAGACAUCUCUGAUCAAACUCAGUAUAGUGUCCCUUUACAAAUGCACAGUGGAAAAAAGACCCAUCAAUGCCCGGAGUGUGAAAAGAGCUUCCUUUGGCGAGCAGAGCUGCUUAGACAUCUAAGAACACAUUUGGCAGAGAAACCUUAUAGCUUUUCAGACUGCAGCAAGAGCUUCUCAGAGAAAUCAGAUUUUGUUCAAAAUCAAUGGAUUCAUUCAGGAGAGAAGCCAUCUAUUUGCUCGGAGAGUGGAAUAACGUUCUCUGAUGGAAGAAAGGGUAAUAUCCCUUUUCCAAAGCACAGUAUAAUGAAGGCACGUAAACCUUUUUGGUGUGGAAAGUAUUUCAAAUACACAUCACAGUUCCUUGUACAUCACAAAAUACACAGAGGGGAGAAAGCCUUUGAACACUCAGCCUGCGAAAAGAGUCAGAGCGGCCAUAUUCAAGAGCAUCAAAUAAUUCACACAAGGGAGAAACCUUUUGAAUGCUCAGAAUGUGGAAUGAAAUCCAGUUGGGCUGACACUCUUCAACGGCAUCUUAAAACCUGCACUGGGGAGAAACCUUUUGCAUGCUCAAAGUGUGGAAAGAAGUUCAGUUGUAGUUCCAAUCUUCAACGGCAUCUAAAAACCCAUACAGGGGAGAAGCGUUAUGAAUGCUCAGAGUGUGGAAAGCGAUUCAGUUCAUCCAGCAGUCGUAAGAAGCAUCUAAGAACCCAUACAGGCGAGAAGCCUUUUGCUUGCUCAGAGUGUGGAAAGAGAUUCAGUCAGGGUGGCACUCUUCAAAAGCAUCAAAGAAUCCACACAGGGGAGAAACCUUUUGAUUGCUCAGCAUGUGGAAAGAAAUUCAGUCAGAGUGGCCAUCUUCAACAGCAUCAAAGAAUCCACACAGGGGAGAAACCUUUUGUAUGUUUAGAGUGUGGAAUGAAAUUUAGUCGAACUGACAGUCUUCAACAGCAUCUUAGAACGCACAUGGGGGAAAAACCUUUUGAAUGCUCAGUGUGUGGACAGAAAUUCAGUAGGAGUGGCAAUCUUCACCAGCAUCUACAAACUCACAGAAGGGAGAAAUCUUUUGAAUGCCCAGCAUGUGGAGUGAAAUUCAAUCGGAGUUCCAAUCUUCAACGGCAUCUAAGAACCCAUACGGGGGAGAAGCCUUUUGAAUGUUCAAAGUGUGGAAAGCGAUUCAGUUUAACUAGCACUCUUAAGAAGCAUCUAAGAAUCCAUACGGGUGAGAGGCCUUUUGAAUGCUCAGAGUGCGGAAAGAGAUUCAGUCAGAGUGGCACUCUUCAACAGCAUCAGAGAAUCCACACAGGGGAGAAACCUUUUGAAUGCGUAGAAUGUGGAAAGAAAUUCCGUCAGAGGGGCCAACUUCAGCAGCAUCAAAGAAUCCAUACCGGGAAGAAACCUUUUGAAUGCUCAGACUUUGAAAGAGCAUCACUCAUAGAGCCUGUGUUUCCAAACUUGGAAGAAUCUGAAGGAGGAGAAUCCAUGACAUGGCUUAGCCUGUGACAAGCACUUGAGUUGUAUAUUACACCUGAAGGAAAACCAGAUUCCAGAAAGAGUUGAAACCUUAUAUAGUCUUGGAAAGAAAGGACAAAUAAAUAGAACAGGCACAGCAAACGCAGGGGAGAGGAGAAUUGAGACAACCAGAGCUUGGAUUAUGAAUUCAAAAUUACAGUUUAAACAUUUCCUUAACA